AUGAGUGACGGUGACGAAGGCGAGACUGACCUUAGCGGGCUUGACUUUGGUGCAGACCAUCACACCUUCGACAUGCUGGGUCCCGCCGCGCGCCCUACCUUGGUACCGGAUACUUCUAAUGGUGGCGAGCAAGCCUUCAUGGACUCUGUUAGCCUUGCUCUAAAUGAGAAUAUUGCCUCCGUCAACGAGACCCAAGACGUCGAUGGACAAGAACACGAGCAAGCCGGUGGAGUGACAGUCGACUCUACUGGUGCUGUGGCAGUUGACACAACUUCCUUCUCGUGUCAGUUCUGUAACAAGUCCUACGACAACUUGGCGAGCCUCAAGCGUCAUCUGAAGAGAACGAUGUCGGUAUGCUACCGAAAUCGUACUAUUCAACGAGAUGACGCCGAGGAGCCCGACACGAAGGUCGCGCGCACUGCAGUUGCCUCGCGAAAGCAGCGUAAGAAGCGCAAAGCCACUGUACCACCUGAGGAUAGCCCCAGUUCAACACAUGUAUCUAAGCGACCACCGAAGACGAUCAAACUGGAAGAUGUUACACGCCCUGAUGUGGGCACCAGCGCGAGUCUUCCUAAAGAUGCAGUUGAUCUCCCACUUAGUAAACUCAUGAGCCACAGUGCUACGCGCGAUCACAUCCCGCAAGUUUCAUUGCCAGCAUAUCGUGAUGAUCCACUCACGCAGGAUUCUCGAGCCUCAUUACAACCUCCAAGACACAUCCUGCCCUCAGUUCGGAGUCUAGGCUAUCCAGUCCUCCAGGAGUUCCGACAGAGUCAAGACGGUCGCCCCAUAGCCGUAGCUCAGUCACACCAAUCUUUGUUCCAGGCUCAACCAAAUGUGGAAAUAAACCAUGGUCGCUUCAACUCGUAUGGCAAUGGAUAUGGUUCGUCUAGACUUCCUUCGGGAACCGAUUUCAGCCCGCAAUUCAAGGCCCAGCAAAUGCGCAAAUACCAGCAGCGUCGGAACUUCGAGGCGACAGCUUAUGAGGGGCAAUAUCACCAUGCACGUUCUCAGUUGCCAUUCCCUGACCCUCACAUACAAGGCUUGGGUGUGGGCACGAAUAUUGGACACAACGGUGGCGCAGUCUUAUCUCACCACAACGCCGGUAUGAGUAUGGCUAUAAACUCGAACACCAACUUUCAGGUUUACGAGAAUAGCUCUCUUGGUCAAUCACAAGGACCGGCUGACAUGAAUCAUGCAGCAAGUGCGCCUGGAUCCCGAAUGCCAUCUCGGCAGCCAUCACCUGACCAAUAUGCGCCUUCCCAAUCCGAAGCGCCUCUCUGCCAGUCAUCUGUAGAAUAUCCCCAAAACCAAGAUGUCGAUAUUUCGAACGUGAACGAUGCACACGACAAUGAUGAGACCUGUGCUUAUCAGAACGACGACUUCUCCGUGUCGCAUCAAAACCCACGCUCGCUCGCUAAAUUGCCUUCCGCUUCACCCGCACCAGAUACAGACGAUCCGGUCCUAAAGCUACGCAUACAUGCCAAGAAACACGACUCAGCUGGCCGACCAAUCUUCUUUUUCUUGGAAAUUCGUGGUUCUCAGAAGUUUGGGCCCGUCCUGGAGGCCUAUUGCCAGAAGCGCAACAAGCGGUACAGGUCAGACUGGAAAUUUAUCUACAUGUACCCAGCACCUACUCCGGAAAAUCCAAAUCACAAGAAGUACGUCGAUUUGGUAUACGAUAUGACACCCAACGACGUUCACGAUAUGGAGUACCCUGACGUAUCGCUCAAGCAUCUCGAUACCAUCUAUAUUCUGGAGGCUAAGCCGUGUACAGCUGUGGGGAUUCAAGGUGGUAUUCACAAGGAUAGUUUUGCCUCGUCUCUACCUUGGUCGAAGCCGUCCGGUGGCGAAGUCAACGUGAUGGAUCACGAGGCUCCAGCCAAUCAACAUUCUAGUAUUGGGACAGAGAUCUAUGACGGGCUCAGCCUUCAGAACAGGGACUUACGCACCCGCGUUGGCGAGCUUCAUUCCGUUGUUACGCAACAGGCCAAUUCGCUAGCCCAGCAAAAUCAUCAUAUCGGAGAACUGCGUGGACGCAAUCACCGACUCGAGAAAGAGAACCAGUACCUACGCCAAGUCAGACAAGCUCACCCCCUUCCUCGCAUGCCUUCCUUCAUCCCAUCCUAUGGAUCUGCCACACGACCCUCGGCCCCUUUGCCCUUAGGUAUUCGAACAAUCGGUGCACAAAACCGUCCCACAGCCUUUGUUGACCGGUGCGAGUCCGUUCGUGAGCCGGAUGCACAAGGUUUGAAGCAGCAGCUCGAUCAGCUUCAGUUCCCCAGCUACGCCCACAAUGCGUACGAUCAUCCUGCGAAUGAUUCACAACAGCAGUAUCGCAAUCUGCCGGCAGCUUCUUAUCAUGACUACGUCGCUCAGAUAGAGUCGUCCAAGAGUCGCAUCCACGAAGCUACCACUGGUGAUCAGCUCCAGAGUACGGUCGGCAAUGCUAUUCGUGAUGUUGCGAACAAGGUCGGAGCGGAAUUUUCUGAGAAGGUGGAGGAAUAGGCUUUGAUUCAACUGACAUGCUCUGGUGAGGGAUUUGAUAAGAUGUGCGAGCACGCAGCUGAGAUAUCUGAUCUUGCUAUGAUAUCCGGACCCAAGCAGUGCUUUGAGAGGACAGGUAUUUUCCGGUGUAUGUCUCCCACGAUGUGAUUCGCGCCAACUCGCACCAGAUUAUAUUAAUGUACUUCCUCUCAUGUGCAACAGCGCAUGAUGGUCUAAGAACGCCCGUGACGUAGCAUUUGGAUUUCGCAUCUUCUUGAGGUCUGGUUACAUGUAGUUUGGUCUCAAAUGAUCUUUGUCCACCUCGGCAUGUUUCUUCCUUCUGGUUGCCCAUCUAUUACGUGGCAUCACAGUUUCUACGCGUCACCAACAUAAGCUACGCGAAGUGGUAUCUCUGAUGCUUUCUUUUCCUCAUGCGCUGCCAACGCAGUCUCUACAUGGUAUGAGUACGAUUUAGAAC